UCGACACAUUUUUACAUGAAGCAAUAGAUUCCUAGAAGCAUAUAUACCAUGAAAACGUUACAUCUAGUUUCCUCUCUCCCUUUUCUCUUCACAACUCUACUCUUCCAUCUCCAACAAACUCCAGCCCUACAAUACUCCUCCAGUAGCACCGCCACUACCGCCACUGUCUACGGCCAAACCACCACCAUCAUGCAGCCAACUUCGGCCCCCGCCGCAAAUAACACAGAUUUUAUCCGCAAAAGUUGCAAAACAACACUAUACCCCGAACUAUGCUACGAUUCUCUUGCACGCUACGCCAAUGUUGUGCAGCAAGAUCCCGAUCAACUAGUCCGUAUUGCCGUCAGAAUUAGCCUAGCCGAAGCCAAGCUCAUGCCUGCUUACGUAUCAAAUCUCACACACCAAACUGAGUAUGGAGCAGGAGCCGACCCUCGGGUGGCGAACGCUCUACACGACUGCUCUACUGUUCUUAGAGAUGCGAUCGAGCAAAUACGUAUCUCGCUCAAGCAACUCGGCCACCUGGGAAGCCCUGGCCCGACAUUCGUGUUUCAAGUGAGCAACGUUCAGACGUGGAUGAGCGCUGCCUUGACCUACGAGGAGACGUGUACUGAUGGAUUUAGUGAUGUGCCCGACGGACCGAUGAAAAGUGACUUAUGUGGUCGAGUACUCAAGCUGAAGGAAAUGACUAGCAAUGCGCUAGCUUUGGUUAAUAAUUAUGUUGCCCGUAAUCUGUGAAUAUGUUAAGAAAAUCAGAUGAUGUAGUUCGGUUAGAGAUGUAAAGUGAUAUUUUCAUCCUUUAAUCAUUUCAAUUACUGCUCGAUAUGGACUGGAUUGCUUACCCAUUGGCCAAUUCUUAUUGUUGUAUGUCUUGUAAUAUUUUUCAAUAAAAAGAUCAUUGAUUAUA